UGGCAACACUGGCCACAAUCAAGUUCAACGUCUUUUUGUAAAAUGACAGUUGCCAGCGAGUGGAACGCAAAACAAAUGCCUACCACCUGUGAUGUGAAAAAAGUGAUCCAAACCACCCGAAAAUCGACCCGUCUAUCGCGGAAACGUUUAUCGGUGCGACCUACCAGCGGCAGAGCCCGUCCCCGGUUCAUAAUGAGCAAAAAGCCGGCAAUAAAGCGUACCAACAGCCAACCGUCCGUUGCACAAAAUGCAUCCGGUGCACCGAUUAGCCGGUGCGAGGAACAGCUCGAUGCAGCCAUUUAUCGGUGUCUGCACGCGCUGACCAAGCGCCACCAGCCCACGGACGAGUUUCGGGCCCAGUUUUGUCGCGGCGCGUUCCUGAAACCGAACACGAAAGCCUUCAUCCAGGUGAUGCACUUCCUGCUCAACGUGUACGAUGCGCGCGAGUUCCGCAAGCGCUUCUACUGGCCCAUCUACGACAAGGGUGCGGAAAAUGCGUUCCGCACCUCGACCGUCGAGUACGUGAACCAUCUGAUCGAGCGCGGCAAGCUGGUCGGCAUGGAGCGGAUUAAAGCGCACUUCGUGGUCCUGCCGGGUGGGGCGAAGUUUAUGAAGUUUCUGCUCACCCUGAUACGGUUCGUGCUGCAGGAGGAGUUGCGCCGGGCGAAGGGUGCUACCGGCGAUGCGGAACCGAUUACAAAGACGCGCAUCGCACAAAUGAUCGCCGCCCACAAACGGUGGGUCGAGAUUGGUGAUCGCAUUAGCGGCACCAUUCAGGAGGACAUUGGCGUGCUGGCGGAAAAAACGCGCAAGAUAGAAACGCUGCUCGAGACGGUGCUGCAGGGCAGCGAUGUGGCGCAACAGAUGAACUACGACAAGCUGAUGCAGAUGUGGUCCAUCCUGAUAGGCACCCAGUUCCGGGAGCAGCAAAAGAUCCGGCAGCGCAUGCAAACCCUUGCCAAGGAGUUUGAUCGCGUGAUGGAAAAGACCGAGAGCAAGCUGAAGGGCAACGAGCUAUCGUUACCGUUUACGAGCGAGGAGCUGAAGGACUGUCUCGGGAGCUACAGCUGCCAACCGGGCACGGAAAUGCACCAGCAGCUGGCGCAGGAAGUUUUCGAUGAAAAUGGUAAGCUGAAUGCGAUCAAAUUGCUGCAGCUGUUCGAAACGCUGCUGCCCAACAUAGAGCGCCUGUUUGCUGGAUUUUGUAUGAAAAACCCGGAGCUGAUGAAGUACGAGAACAAGGAACUAUCGAAGGUGGCGGUCAAAUGUGACGAGCUGCGCCAGCAGCUGGACGUGCUGCAGCGAAGCUUACCGAUGCUGGAAGAUUGUCUGCUGAGGGAUCUGCCCGGGUCGGGCGACAGUCCCGAGCUGGGCAAGGAGAACUUUGCCAUCAAGAAUAAACUUUUCUGCACACCACCGAUCGUGAUGGAUUUCGACGCACAGACGGAUGCUUUUCCGACGAUCGGUCCGGUCGGUGCGAACGGGAGAAGCAGCCAACGGUUGGCACUGUUGAACAGGGAGGACGUGCAUGCGAUGAAUGCUCGUAUGAAGCUGCUGUCCGUCAGCAGCUCGUACCAGCCACGCAGUCCAAAACCACCGCAGCGCUAUCCGAAGCCCACCGCCGCCGACCAGCUGAACCUACCGCACACGAACCAGGAGACCAUGUUUGCGGUACCGCGCGUCACACGCAAAGAAAAGCUAAACCCACUCACUAUGCUGAACCGCAUUAAGGCGCAAAGCCAAAAGCAAAACGGUUCGUCCCGAUCGAACGAUGGUGCGCGAGUGAACAGUACGAUGAACAUUUCCACGCUCAGCGAGAUCACGCUGCGGCCCGAAUUUUCCUCCACCCUUCUGGGCACACCGGAAAAGGCAGGCCCGGCACCACUGGUGGGGCAUCGUGCAGCGAAUGAGGAAGAACCGGAAAAGAAACCUAGCACGGCGCAGUCUUUACAAGUGCCCGCCGUACAGCCACAGGUGCAGCGGAUGAUGAGUUCACCGAACGUACACUCCAGUCCCCGGCUGAUGGCAAUCUAUGCGGGCUCAAACACUCCCAAACCGACUCACUCGCCCAAAGCGCUGCUCACUGCGCCCGGCGCUAGGCGCCGAUCGUCACUGAAACGAAGCUCACUGAUCGAGAACGAAUCGACGGUACACACGUCACCGUCGGGCAGGUUAGAAUCGUUGGUGAAACAUGACGAGCUACCGCAACGCUGCUCGCUACCGUUGACGCUCGAGCUGGAGAAGGAACCUACAGGGAACCGGGACCAAUCUGGAGAUGUGUCGCAGGAUAAAACACUCAAACCGGAGGUACAGCACGAUGGCGCACAGGAGGAUCUCUCUCGCACACUUCUUGCGACGAGUGUCGACAAUCGAACGAACGCUGCCGAAACCGAACCGAACGAGAAUCAUAAAAUCGACGAUCCAUUACAGCAGCACCUAGAAGAGUUGGAUGAUGAUAAUCUGUUUAACGUUAGCGAUGGAAUAGUGACGGAUUUUGAAUGAUGUUUUGUUAAGCGCCAGAAUAGAUUUGUUAACCUGCUCACACACACACACGCUGAUUUUAAAUCGCUUAUCAUGACACAUUGUGUAUUAUAUGCUUCGCGCAUUUAGAGUAGCUCGCUUCAUUAAAAAUGGCUUUAAAUCACGCACAUUUGCUCCCGGCUACUGUUAUCUACAACGUUUAAAUCACAUUAGCGAACAGAAUGAUGCAAUGAAACGAAUUAGUAUUGAUAAUCUAUAUUAAAGUGCUGAAACGUACGAUCUUAAA